UCAGACUGGUUUCGUGAGUCUGCGCAGUGAGUGUAAACAGGAAGAGAAAAAUUAGGCUGUUAGAUGUUGAUGAAGGCGAUGUUAAACGUUGCAGGUUUUGCUCCUCUUUUUGUUAAUAACGUUUGAUAUUUUGUACACAAAGUUGGGUCGUUUGUAACGCCGUAUUUGGCACGGAAUACGCGGCUUUUGGCGAAAUAACGACAAACACGUCAGUUAGAGAAAAGCUGCUAAUGCUAAUUCGCGAGGCUAGAGACCGUUAGCGGCGGUGACAGGAUUGACGGCGCAGAGGAUCAAACUACAGUAAAACCACCGUGGCUGGAUGUGGCAUUGCUAAAAAUAUCUGUUUUAGAGAAAUAAGUCGGUAACAUUACUGUCGAUACGGUUUAAAUCAGCUCUCGGCUGCUCCCCACGGGAGUGUACUAAUCUAGCGGUUAGCUAAGCUAGGUGGCUAAUGUAAUAGCUGGCUAUUAGUUAACAUUUCGAGGGGCGGGAGCGAUAUUAUUAUAAACAUAUUAUUUUAGCUGCAGCAGUGGUGUUCAGCUAGCUUUAUGGUGGAAAUGGUUCAGAAAGACAAAAUAGUGGAAACGUCUCCGACGGAGAGUGAGCCGAGCCCCGGGGGAACGGAGGCCGAGGUGCAAAGCCCGGUUGACGAGCACAACAUUGUGGUGGAGAGAACAGGCCGGAGAAAAUUCAUCAGCGGGGUUGUGGAGGGCUUUUAUGGUCGACCAUGGACAAUGGAACAAAGAAAAGAGCUAUUUAGGAGACAGCAGAAGUGGGGCUUGAACACAUACCUGUAUGCACCAAAAGAUGACUACAAGCACAGGAUGUUUUGGAGAGAGAUGUACUCUGUUGAAGAAGCAGAACAACUCAUGACUCUUAUAAGUGCAGCAAAAGAGCAUGGGAUAGAGUUCAUCUAUGCUAUUUCCCCUGGCCUGGAUAUAACAUUCUCAAACCAGAAGGAGGUCUCUACAUUGAAAAGGAAGCUAGACCAAGUCUCUCACUUUGGUUGCAAGUCCUUUGCUUUACUUUUUGAUGACAUUGAUCACAACAUGUGUCCAGCUGAUAAAGAAGUAUUCAGCUCCUUUGCACAUGCACAAGUGUCUAUUACCAAUGAGAUCUUUCAGUAUUUGGGAGAACCUGAAACCUUUUUGUUUUGCCCAACAGAGUACUGUGGAACCUUUUGCUAUCCAAACGUGGCCCAGUCACCUUACUUGCGCACAGUUGGUGAGAAGCUGUUGCCUGGCAUUGAAGUUUUGUGGACAGGUCCAAAGGUAGUCUCUAAAGAUAUAACAGUAGAGUCUAUUGAAGAAGUGACAAAGAUUCUGAGGAGAUCUCCUGUCAUCUGGGAUAAUAUUCAUGCCAACGACUACGAUCAGAAAAGGUUGUUUCUUGGCCCUUAUAAAGGAAGGUCUACGGAACUCAUCCCUCGGCUAAAGGGAGUCCUCACCAACCCCAACUGUGAAUUUGAGUCAAACUUUGUGGCCAUUCACACAUUAGCCACAUGGUAUAAGUCAAACAUGAAUGGAGUUAGAAAGGAUGUGGUCAUGACGGAUAGCGAAGACAGCACAGUGUCCAUUCAGAUAAAACUUGAAAAUGAAGGAAGCGAUGAGGAACUGGAGACAGAUAUCCUCUACAGCCCGCAGAUUGCCCUCCAGUUAGCCCUUACUGAAUGGCUUAACGAGUUUGGAGUGCCUCAUCAAUACAACAGUCGUCAGGUUGCUCACAGUGGUGUGAACAGUUCUUCUGUUGAAGUUCCCUCACUAUCAACUGCUACUUUAGGCUCCUCCACUACAGUUACCACAGUUUUUCAGCAACCCAUCAUGAGCCCUACUGCUCCGCUCAGUGAGGAGCCACACACACUGCACAAAGACCAAGAAGAAGAAGAAGAAGUGGAAGUGGAGAAGAAAGACCUGGAUGAAGAGCCCAUGGAGAUGGUGCUGGAAAAACAAGAUGAGGUGGAGGAUGCCAAGAAUGUCAACCAAAUUCUUACAAAGAUUGUAAAGGCCACAAUGACUGAGGACCUCAAACCCAUGGACACAGAUAAGGAGAGUUUAACAGAGUCUAAGUCUCCAGAGAUGUCCAUUCAGGAAGAUUUGGGCAGUGAUGUGGCACCGAUGCAGACAGAUGAGCAACUAAAUAAGGAAGUGUUUGUUCCAGGUCCCAAUGAGAAGCCACUGUUCACAUCUGAGCCACUCACACUGGAGGACCUGACUCUGAUGGCAGAGCUUUUCUAUCUUCCCUAUGAACAUGGUCCCAAGGCAGUGCAGAUGCUCAAGGAAUUCAACUGGCUCAGGGCCAACAGCAGCCUCGUCAGCGUAAAUUCCAAAAGCGAAGAUUCAGAGAAGGUUGCUGAAUGGCACUCCAGAGCGGAUAAUUUCGAGGAGAUGUGCUGCUCCGUCAUGCAGAUGUUCACCAGACUCUCCAACUCUGCGAACAGGACUAUUCUGUAUGACCUAUAUCCCUAUAUCUGGGAUAUAAAGAGUAUCAUCUCUAUGAUCAAAUCAUUUGUUCAGUGGUUGGAUGGAAGGAUCCUCAGCACAAGUUUCUACUGCUAUUGGAUCGACAGUGGCCGAUGGUGUCGUAGUCAGUCCUCAGCACAGUUCUUAAGUGGAGACCAAGAGCCCUGGGCCUUUAGGGGCGGUCUAGCGGGAGAGUUCCAGCGACUGUUGCCAAUAGAUGGGGCAAACGAUCUUUUCUUCCAGCCACCACCCUCAAUGCCAACUUCAAAAAUGUAUUCCAUAAGGCCUUACUAUCCCAAAGAUGAGACUGCUGUCUACAAGAUUUGCAAAGAAAUGUAUACAGAGGGAUGUAAUGACCUUCCUUUCUCUGACCAGGAGCCAGACCUGAUUGGAGACAGGUUAGUAGGAGGGUUUCUGACACUCAGCCCAGACUAUGGCUUCGUCUUGGAAGAUGAGGAUGGAAUCUGUGGCUAUGCCCUGGGCACUGUUGAUGUUCAGCCCUUUGUAACGAAGUGCAAAAUGAGCUGGAUUCCAUUCAUGCAAGAAAAAUAUAACAAACCUGACUUAGAGAAGGACCUGUCUGAGGCAGAGAAGAUGAUGCUAAGCUUCCAUGAAGAGGAGGAGGUUUUGCCUGAAUCAUUCCUCAGUAAUUUCCCCUCCCUCAUAAAGGUGGACAUUCAAACAAAAGUCACUGACCCCAGUGUAGCCAAAAGCAUGAUGGGUUGUCUCCUCUCGUCUUUAAAAGCCAACGGCUCCCAUGGUGCCUUCUGUGAGGUCCGGCAAAUUGACAAACGGAUGUUGGACUUUUAUGGCAAACUUGGCUGCUUUGAAGUGGCCAAAAUGGAGGGCUUUCCAAAAGAUGUCAUCAUAAUGGGGAGGAGCUUGUGAAGGGUUGGAAGACUUUUGAAGAAUUUUGGAAGAACUUGUACAAAGCUGCAGUGGUCUGUGUAGAAGGCUCAGAGUGCAUUUCAGUCAUGUUCAAGUAACAAUCAGUGAUCCAUUUUGUAAAUCUUUGUUGCACCCAUUGCAGGCUGCUGUUCUAGCUUUAUUCUGCAAAGUGUUUUUUUACAGAAACUGCUGGAGACACUUGUAUAAUAUAAGGUGCUUCUCUUAGAUAUUGUGCUUUUGCCAAUCAGAGGUGGCGUGCAAGAAUAUGUGUGAGUGCUUGUAUUGCCUUUUCAAUGAGACCCUCCUCUGGUCUGCAAGACAGCUUGAGCUGGCCAGGUGUCAUUUUAGCCCAUUACACCUCUCAAAUGCAGCUGGUAGGCAGUCACUCACAUUCGGUACACUGCAAAAUUCAGUGAGUGGACUUAGACACAAUCAACAGCCUAAAGCUACAAUAACUUAAGAACAAAUAAGUUUAUCUACAUUCAUUUUGCCUCUCCGCUCCUGUGCUUUAAUGCCUAUCCAGUGGUAGAUCAUUAUGCAGGCUGAACCACUGCUUUUUGUUGAUGUUUUGCAGUUCUCCAGAUACAAAAUGAUAACAAAACAGUGGAGUGAACUCAGCAAUUUAACAGAUUGGGUGUGUCUUUGUUCUCGAAGAAGGAUUUUAUUGUGUGGCAUGAUGGCUUGAAGAAAAAGUAUACAAGGAACCUGAAACUGUAAGGGAACAACAGUGGAGAGGAGAGACCCUUGUCCUUAAAAUUGCAUGGAUAUUACUUUUGUGCAUAAGCUAGUAGCAUGUGUAUCUUGAUGAUACAUUUUUGUGAUUUGUACAGCGAUGCCUUCCUGUCUGUGGCCUUCUUUCGAGGCUCCGCCACCCUUCCCUGCAACCCCUUUGAGAUAUUGAGAUCUGAUCUGUUCCACACGUCUUCGAGUUUGUGUUCAUUAUAUUUUGUGGAGAUAAACCAUGGUUAGAUAACCGUUCAUACAUUUGAAGUUUUUGGCUGGAGGUUUUUAAUUUUUGUCAUGAGAAUGUCCACCAAGAUAUCUGACCAUGGCAAGGCAAGUCCUAAUGUAUAAUGACAGUAAAGCAAUAUUUGACAAGAAAAUAUAUUGACACUGAGAUGGCAGUGUUUUUGUUUCCAUGCCCUAAAAUUUUUACAUAUUUUUCUAAGGUUAAAGUAGGUGUCAGCUCAUCUUUUUUUUGUUUUAACUGGUAUAAACUCGUUUACCAACAGAUCAUGGACAGAUAACUAGUCUAAAUACUCAUUGGCAUAAAUUGGACAUUUUGGCACAAAUAUGCUCCAAAUAUGUAAAGAUCUCCCAAAUAAGAGUUUUUGUAGUCUCUAGCAACUGCAAUGACAAAUGCACAUCGUUUUCAGCCUUCAAUAAUAAAAAAAAACUCUAGGAACGAAAAGGUAUUUUUCCCUCCACUUGUUCUCUUUUGGCCAACCAUGGGGAGCUUGACCUUGCACGGCCAUGAUUUCUUAUGGUUUUUAUUUCACCAUGCCUGCUAUUUUGUUCUGGAAGUUGACAUCAUAUUCAAGUAGAAAGGGCUUCAUUUUUUGAGAGUCUAAAUACAAUUAACAAUUUAAAAACAUUUCUGUACUUUGGGUUGUAAUUAUGAUAAUGUAUGUAAUGUAGUUAUUAUACUUUCUGUAAGGUUUGUAUGUAAUUAAAAUGGUUAAUUACAAUAAAGUAUGUUAAAUAGA